GUGCUGGGUGCACCACGCCCUGCUCUACUGCCUGUGCUAACCAACACUGCGACCCGUUGUCAGGGAAAUGUAACGAGGGCUGCGUCGAUGGUUACAGGGGGGACAACUGUGAUAUGAUUUGCGAGGAUAUGUUCUAUGGCGGAAAAUGUUCUACACCAUGUCCAGCCAAUUGCAACGUCGGUGGGUGUGACCACGUGACAGGAAGUUGUAAAAAUGGAUGUGUGCCUGGAUUUAUUGGAAAACAUUGCAACGAAAGCAAAGACUGCCAGAGCGGAUAUUACGGCACCAACUGCCAGGAAAAAUGUCCGGCCAAUUGCGUCAACAACAGAUGUUAUCCGGUCAACGGAACAUGCCAGGAAGGGUGUCUGCCAGGUUUCCGUGGCGACCAGUGUGACAACGCAUGCCCUGACCAAUGUGCUCACGGGAAAUGUAAUUCUGUGACGAAACAGUGCCUGGAUGGGUGUAUUUCCGGCUACAAGGGAGACCACUGUAGAGAAGAAUGUGCUCAAGGAACGUACGGACCAAACUGCAACAGCACGUGCUCACCUCAGUGUGUGGAACUCGAGUGUGAUCGCGUGACUGGACAUUGUACUCACGGCUGCACGGCCGGAUUUCAAGGCGACCUGUGCACGAACAUGUUGUAG